CCUCCGAUAAGCCCGCAGCUCUUUCAGUCUCCUCCUUCGGCUCUUCCCCUGGCGGGUUCCCGCAAUUCCUCUUCUCGGCUGCGUGCUCAAUGACUGAGCCCUCGCGGCUCCUCCUCCCUUGGAUGGUCACAUGGAUGCGAGUCCCAGCCCAGGCCGGUGUUGAAGAGCCCCUGCUGCCGCCGUGGCUGCUGCUUUUGAUUUCUGGGGACCUGGGGUUACUGCUGCGGACGAGGCGUCUCGAGAGCUCUGGCCGAAGCGACGAAGACUAGCCGGGUUGAUCUCACAUGCAGUUUAGAAGAUGACACCCAAUCAUGAAGAACAGGAAUUUGUAACAGUCUUGGUGCGGGACCCCAGGAUUCAAAAGGAAGACAGUUGGCAUUCAUAUAUAGACUAUGAGAUCUUCAUUCAUACAAAUAGCAUGUGUUUUACAAGAAAGACCUCCUGUGUCCGGCGACGGUUUCGAGAAUUUGUGUGGCUUCGUCAAAGACUACAGAGUAAUGCUGUGCUGAUACAAUUGCCGGAACUGCCAUCCAAAACUCCUUUCUUUAACAUAAGUAACUCCCAGCACGUUGACCAUCGUCGGCAGGGCUUGCAAGACUUCCUUCAACAGAUCCUCCAGAAUCCAGUACUGCUUUCAGACAGUAGACUUCAUCUCUUUGUACAAACCCAGCUGAGUCCAGAAGAGAUUGAGGCAUGUGUAUCUGGACAUACUAAAUACUCUGUGGCUGAUGCAAUCCAGGAGUUUGCCUCUUUGAAACGCCGUUUCCCUAUAGAACAUGAAGAAAAGAAAAAAGAAGAAAAUUAUGCGGAUUCAGAUUCUGAGAGUUCAUCCUCAGGGCUCGGACACAGCAGUGAUGAUAACAUUUCACACGGAUGUAAAGCAAGCACGGUUCCUGAAGAACCCUGAAAUAUCAAUGUAUAUUGCUAUCACUAAAAUGACAGAUACCUUCCAUUGUGGUUGAAAGUUUCAUGUUACACUUCUGUCCAGUUGUCAAAGCUUUGUCUUUUCUGUUUGUCUGUUCAUUGUAUGCAGUAACAGCCCCUUCAAUACUGAAUCAUACAAAUAUUGCCUGUACCUAAGUAAAUGGGAUUCUUUUACAUGAUUUCUAUGGAAUUGUACUAGAUGGGGUAGGAGUAGGAAUAAAACUAUAAUUAGAUCCUGAAAACUAUACUGGGGUGUCUAACUUCUGGAAAUUUACAAAAUCAUCUGAAUUUUUAAAUGACAGUUCAGCUUCCCUUCCAGUCUGGUGUGAGCCACAUAACUAUAUUGUAAAAACAAAAUAAACCUUUAGGUCAGUACCUUAAAUAUUUCAACUUUUGCUCCUAACACUGAAUCCAACGGUACAGCCAUAAUUAGCGACCACAAUCCAGUGCAGAGUGAAGCUUGCUUAAGGCCAUUUAAUAACAUUAGGUUUACACACCAUUCAAUCCUGUAUUAAACCAGAGUCACUGGCUGUAUAGUGUCUGUCUUUUUGUUCAGAUGGGUAGCUGUGCUGGUCUGAAGCAACAGAGCAAAAUUAGAUAAAACUUUGUUGGUCCUAAAGGUGCCACUGGACUCAAAUUUUGUUCUGUCUUUAUUGUUACUGUUGCCAAGAAAAGUUUUUUUUACAACCUCUUGUUACAAAGUGAUUGUAGUUAUAUUUUAAAAUCAAUUCUUCUUACAAAGAUGUAGCAAUAGGAAGGAGCAUUUUAGCAAUGAAUAUUAGAAAUAACCCUCUGACCUAAUAGAAGUUUAUGGUGUUUUUGUAGAGGCACAAUUAAAGAUUCCAGCUGGGUAGCUCCAUAAAUUCAUUCAUGUAUGUUUUGACAUCCCCAGUAUAACUCCUCUACUACCCUAUCCAAAAUGCAUGUACUUGGAAACAUUUUGUUCAAAUAAAGUAUAUGUGUUUUAAGGACUAGGGGUGGGAGGGGGAAGAGAGCAGGUAGCUACUUUGAGCCAAUCAUUUUUUUUUUGGUCAGCAUUUCCUAAGAUAAACAUCAAAGUGUCUGCAGGCAAAACUAUAUCUCCUGAUCUCUGACGGAAACCUAGCAGCAAGAUAUGCUUAGAAAAUUUAAUUAAAGCUGCAAGUAAAAUGGUUUGUAUUUGUUUACAAAGGGUGAACAAAAGACAUCCAACAGAGAAGCUGCCUGAAACUAUGACAAGAAAAAUUUACUGGAUUUAAAAAAUUGUUUAUUUUAAAAGUAUGUAUAUAUGAUUACUGCUAAUUUGAAGGAAUUUGUGCACUUUACAUUCUAUAAGCCUACUGAUAAUCAGUACAUAAAACUUAAAAACCUCUUUAUGCCAGAGCAAAGCCGUGAAGAAAUGAUUACUAGUGUGAUCCUGCAUGUUUACUCAGAAGUAAAUCCCAAUGACAACAAUAGAGCUGAUUUCCACUUAAGGAUAUAUAGGACUGCAUCCAGUUACUUCAGCCUAAACAUCCUAAAGGAACAGCAAACAAAAAGCACAAGGACAAACUUCUGAAGGCUGAAUUUAUCUCAAAGCAACCAAAUUCAGUUACAGAUGCUUGGAUUUAUUAUUAUCUUUUGUACAGAUCACAUACUAUAAUAUUGUGUUUGGUUCCUGUAGUUUUCGGCAGCCUUUCAUGCUGCUUUUUUAAAAAAAAAGAUGUUUUAAAUGCCAAAUAUUUGUGAAACAUUAGAAUGCUCAAUAUCAUAUGUUCUACUGUUUAACAUGCAUGGAAUGUUUGUAUUUUGUCACAUUUCAAAAUAAAAUGUUCUGUAUUU